UUGAAAAUAUGGCGGAGGGAAUUUUAUAGAGAAAAGUUGAAUAUUUCCGUCUGUUUUUGCAGUGAAGAAAUAAUUUGAAAAUGUUAUAGUGUCAUGUAAAGAAAGCAACGAGUAAAAUAUGUUAUUUGUGAAUGUAUAGUGGGAGAAGGACAAAAGAGAAUGUCUUAUUUUCCUUCGAAAACACGGGCAACGAAAUAUGACAAGGCCUCUGUCGAGUUUAGAAAAGAGCUUGAACUCUUGGCUAAAAAGUCAAAAGGAGAGUACGAAUCCUUAAAAAUUCAGGAAAAGAACGAAUUUCUUUCAAAUAGGGGUCUUGCUGUUAGAAUAGCUUCCCCAAGACGAAAACAACAAUUCAUAACAGAAGAAAAAGCUAAAAGCUCGAUACAGUCUAAUCGGAAUGACCAAAAAACACGAGUAACUCGUCAAAGCCCUCCUGAAAUGAAGGAAAGUACGAAUAAAAAAAUGGCUUUGAAAAAGAGUGAAGAUUUGAAAACGAAACCACGUCUUCAUGAGCCGGGAGUGGUUUCAAUAAGACCUGACAAUCCCGACCUCAAGGUGAUCAUGCAGGGAAAGAAAAUUGAAAAAAAGUCACCGGAUGUUGAUUUUGAUGAUUCAACUGAAAAAAGAAAGGAAAGGCACAUGGCAACAGACUAUCUUUACAUGCAAAAAGUUCACGAGUUCAACCUUUCCAGCAGCAAACCUUCAGCAAAGUUUGCCAUCACUGGUUCUCAAAAUACAUCCAUGCCUGUAUACCUUGCACAACGAAAACUUGAUGAUAUGAAAGACAGUUGUUUUGUGAAAAGCAAAAGAAGAACAACUUUCGAUGAUGAUGAACCUUUUGUGCUGGAUUGGUCUUCAGAUGAGAUUUCAAGUAAGACAUCAAUUGGACCAGAAAGUCGUCUUAUGUCCAGAGCAUCAAUGAGAGAUCAUAGUUCUAAUAUGCUUACCAAAGAUGAACAAAAUAAAAAUGCAAACUUUGACGAUGUCCUGCAGAAUUUGCAUACAACACACGAAAAGUCAGAACUCAGUGUUUCUCGUCUCAUUCAGAUGAAAUUGUCUCAAUUAACAGCUGGUAAUUCAGAGACUUCCGACUCUGUUAGGCCAUCGGUUCUUUCAAUUUUAGACAUCCCAUUGUUGGGGAAUCCUGAUGUAUCCUCUGAACCAUCAGUUUCUUCAACACCGGAGAUCCUAUUAUCAAAGGAUCAUGAUGUAUCUUCUGGACCAUCAGUUCCUUCACCCCUGGAGAUUCCAUUAUCAAAGGAUCAUGAUGUAUCUUCUGGACCAUCAGUUCCUUCACCCCUGGAGAUCCCAUUAUCAAAGGAUCAUGAUGUAUCUUCUGGAAGAUCAGUUCCUUCACCCCUGGACAUCCCAUUAUCUGGGGAUCAUGAUGUACCUAUUUCACCAUCAGUUCCUCCACCUCUGGAGAUCCCAUCAUCAAAGGAUCAUGAUGUAUCUUCUGGACCAUCAGUUCCUUCGCCCCUUGAGACCCCAUUGUUAAUGGAUCAUAGUGUAUCUACAGUACCAUCAGUUCCCCCACCCCUGGAGAUCCCAUUAUCUGGGGAUCAUGAAGUAUCUAUUGCACCAUCAGUUCCUCCACCCCAGGAGAUUCCAUUAUCAUCUGGUAAUAAUGAUGUACCUAUUUCACUAUCAGUUCCUCCCCCCCUGGAGAUCCCAUCAUCAGGAGAUCAUGGUGUUUCUACUGCACCAUCUGAUCCUUCACAAGAUCGAAAAAAUGACUUGGUGUCAUUUAAUGCUGCAGAUGUUGAAGAAAUUGGGAAUAAGCUUGACGCAGCAAAUAUGAACGACCCAAAUGGUCAUAAUAACAUGAAAAACAAUAAAUCAGAAAACAUUGACGACCCAAAUGGCCUUAAUAACAUGAAAAACAUUGAUGUUGCUCCUCAACAUGAUGAUCUUAGGCAAAUUUUACAGAAUAUGCAUCUUCCCUUGAAAGUUACAGCCUCUGACAUUGUGAACAUUUCUGGCAAGAAAGCCGGACUAUCCCAAAGACCCAGCGUUCAAAGUAAGUUUGUUGCAUCGAGACCACACACGACGGCAUUUAGCGGCGCAAGUGAUGACGUAACUUUUCUAUCAACGUGGCAGAAGAAGGAUACGUCAUUGAUGACGAAGGCCAAUGAAAAGACGAACAUUCAUCAUUUUUGCUCUCAAACGAACAGUUUUGAGUUACCUGCCCAUAUGACUCGUGUAUCCAGAGACAUGCACACAGUGGACAAGCAUAGAAUCGUCUCGGAUCGUUACAAUAAAGCGCCCAUAACACAGCAAAUCGAACGAAUGCAUCCUUUGCGUGAUGGCAUUUUCAAAUGUUCGCAAAAUGCGUACGUGGACUGGGAACAAGUGGCGGCUGAUUAUGACUUGAAGACACGAUUAUCUGAUGUGGCUCGAAAUAUCCUCGCCAAGUCCGAGUGUGAGGAAGAUACAUUGGAAGAUUUAGAGGAACUCGCUCGGGACAUUUUUUCACCAGCUUUAGAAGAGCCCCUUGUUAUUAAAGGUGUAAAAAUUGACAUCAAAGAUGAUUCGACAAGGUUUUACUGGUCCCCAGCUCCUCCUAAGCUUCAUCUCUCACCGCUCACGAUCAGAAGUCGGAUGUUUCCCUCUUAUUUUGGAGGAUCCGUUUUAAAGAACACGUCGGAAGUUGUACACGACUCCAUUGUGGGAACGCAACAGGUUUCAGAGGAAGACGAGGGCAACAUUGACGAUGAAGAUCCUGAAGAUGCUCAAGCUAGGAAAAGAGUGUUGGAACGUGCUCAUGGUUCGUUCUCUUGCAUCAUGGACCAAUUAUCUCGUAAACCCAACAUCAAGCAAGAGAGUAAUGUCCGUGUACUAUCAUCGCGAAACACGAGCUCAGGUGAUGGUACGAGUUCCCAUCACUGUGAAGUUAAACCCAACAUCAAGCAAGAGAAUGAUGUCCGUGUACUAUCAUCGCGAAACACGAGCUCAGGUGAUGGUACGAGUUCCCAUCACUCUGAAGUUAAACCCAACAUCAAGCAAGAGAAUAAUGUCCGUGAUGUCCGUGUACUAUCAUCGCGAAACACGAGCUCAGGUGAUGGUACGAGUUCCCAUCACUCUGAAGUUAAACCCAACAUCAAGCAAGAGAAUGAUGUCCGUGUACUAUCAUCGCGAAACAUGAGCUCAGCGAGUGAAAAUGAAGGAUCAGAACGAUUUCUCUCGGUUCUCGACGCACGUCGACAUAUGGCAAAAAUGAAGGAUUCGUUCGCGUUGCCCGCCGUGAAAAAUGCGAACGACGAUGAUAAAAUAUUCUCCGACGUCAUAAAUUUCAAAGCGAAACGGUUCUCCCAACCUGACCUAAGUUGCGAUGUUAGCUUGUGUUUUGAUACUGGUUACGACGCCAGUAUGAGAGAGCUACACCAGCAGAAAGAAUUACUGGAAAACAUGAAAAGUGACAGGGCGAUUCUUCUACCUGAGAAGGGUAGAGAUGUUAUACAAACGGCGAAAGAGGAGAAAGAAAACAUCCGUUCAUUUGAAAAACCAUCGUCGGUAAAAGAAGAUUCUGAAACGGAUCGAACAGAGAAGGAAGAAGAUGUCAUCGACGACACGACGUCAUGCAUCUCGAGCACGAUAAAAACAACAUCUAAAUUGAGGAAGGGCUCUCGUAAGUAUCAAACAACUCACGCGAAGAAGGAGAGGAAAGACGCCUCGAAGGAAAAAGAAAGGACGAAGAAAACCAAAGUAUUGAAGAAGAAAGCGUCGAGGCUGUUGAAAAUUCAUCUAAACUUCUUCGCAGCACGUUUCUCACUUCUCUUGUUUUACUUUAACAGAUCAAAGUCGCAAGAAUUCCCAUCACAUGAAAAGACAUUGACCCGUUUUCCUAGUUUACCCAGCGUGCUUGACCAUAGAAUCUUGGAUCACGAAAACCUAUCUGGAGAUGAAUUGUUUUUCUGGGUUCAAGAUGAAUAUUGGUUUAAAUGGCUCGAUGGCGUGGGUCCCCCAAAAUCGAAAACGCCCGUGGCUCUUCAAGAAAUGAUGAGCACUGUAGCGGAUGGCGAGACUUCAACAGGAGCUGUGACGCCCGAGAUUUUGGAUGAGAUACAAGUUAUUGAACCGAACUUUGACGAAACUAGUCGGCAAAUAUACCAGGAUUUGUUGCGAGAGGCUGAAAAGAUUUCCGAGUGGAUAAAGGAAUCGGAAAAGUCCGAAACGCUGGCUUUGUAUUUAGCACGGAGAGGAGCCAUUUACAGGAAGCUCGGUUUUCUCAAGAAAGCAUGGAGUGAUUUGGAUCGAUCCGUGGAGCUUGAGCCCCAACUAUUAGUGAGUCGUUGGCAGCGGCAUCUCUUACAUCUUCUCAAUGACAAUCUCAAGAAAGCUUUGGAGGACUUGACAUUUAUAACGAAACAAAAUAGCCGAAUCGUCAAAGUAUAUUUAUCAAGGGCCGACAUCUACAAGUCGUUAGGUGACAGUACGAUGGCAAUCUUGAAUUAUUCUCAAGCCAUUAAACUGGAUCCUGAUAAUGCAACAACAUACUAUCAAAGAGCAGCGUUGUUUGUCGAGCGCGGUGAUGUUGUUCUCGCACUAGACGAUUAUCAAAAAGCCUCAAAGUUAGAACCAAGUAAAACAGAUGCUAUAUUUUACAUCGGUUGCCAUAACUUCAACCAGAGACAUUUGCCCGCAGCAGUAAAGUGCUUCACAGCCAUGUUAAAGCAGGAUCCAUUGGACGCUAAAGCUUACUUAUUCAGAGGAAAAUCUCAUGCCAAAAUGGGAAUUUUCGAUUUGGCGCUUAAAGAUCUUUCGUUCGCUGUUCAUUUGAAUCCAAGAAGUAAAGAAGGAUUUUAUCACCGUGGCUGCUUGCUUAGAAAAAUCAAUCCCCAAAAAGCUCUACAAGAUUUAAGCAUCUCUUUAUUAUUGGACUGUACGGUCGACAACGUGUACUCAUAUUUGCAUCGUGCGAUUGUUUAUACGGAUCUGAAGCGUUGGGAAGAGGCACUCAGUGACUUGGAGUCCGCCUUGCAGCUUGACAACAACAUUCCCAGUGCGCAUGUCAAUAUUGGCUUGAUUUUCAUCGCUAAAUACUCCAACUAUCCAAGAUCAAUUAAACGAUUCUCGGCUGCACUUCGUGUUGAUCCCACGUACGUUCGAGCUCACCUCUGCCGUGCUGAAGCGUACGAGAAUAUUGGAAACAUCAAAGAGGCGAUAAAUGAUUUUACCAAAGCUAUUUAUCUACAUCCAAACAACGCCGACUAUCGCAUCGCGAGGGGGAAACUUCUCUUGAAACAAAAUAAACUGGACUUGGCAAGUUUUCACAUAAGACAAGCUGCCGAACUAAGUAAAGGACUUGGAGGCUCCGCAACUCAACAGGCUGUCGUAUAUGCAUUUUUGCAAGAUCAUGAAAAGGCGAUUGAUAUUCUUACGCGAGCAGCCCGUAUUUCCCCCGUAGCAGAUAUGUACGUGUUGUUGGGAAAGACGUGUAUGAAAGCAAAGCAAUACGAGAAUGCCAUCGCCAGUUUCAAAAGAGCCAUAUCCAACCUGAAACCUUGGCAUCCACGGACUCCGAUGCCAAUUGAAGCGGCUGCCGUCUACUUCAUGAUUGGAAAUUGUUUUACCGAACUACACAAUCCAACUGCCGCCCUUGACGCGUUCAAUCACGCCAUCAAAGUUAAUCCUGAUUAUGCUGAAGCCUAUUACAAUCGCGGUCUAACCAAAAUGAAAUUAAAACAUUCAAAAAGUAUUCACGACUUCAAUCGUGCCCUGGCCAUCAAUCCCAAACUAUUCCAGGCGUUCUUAAGUCGUGCCGUAUACUAUGCAAUGAAAGGUCGUUUUUCUAAAGGCAUCAUGAAUUGUAACGAAGCAAUAAAACUUAAACCAAGAAGUGUUAGGGCAUAUCUCUACAGAGGGGCAUUGAAGUUUCAUAUCUCCGCUUUCAAAGUGGCUAUACGUGACUUGACAGAAGCGAUUGCCAUAGAUUCUGCUUGUCUACUGGCCUACUUUAACCGUGCUGUGUGUUUCCAUGCUUUGAAGUACUAUCAAAAGGCUCUUAUUGAUUACAGCACAGUGUUAUUGUGUUCACGGGAACUUGAUCUGAAGGUAUUGCAGAACAGGGGCUUGCUGUACCUGGAGCUUGGCGAUGUGGAUAAUGCCGUGAUGGAUUUCAAAGAAGUUUCAAAGGUGUCACCGAACAACCCGAAUAUUCACCACACACUUGGACUCUGUUAUCACAAAUUAGGCCGUUUGGUAGACUCGGUCAAGUGCCACUCAGAAUCGUUAGAAUGCGAUCCAUUCUUUAAAGAAGCUUACAUUGGGCGUGGCAAUGCUUUCAUGGAUUAUGGUCAUGCUGUUGCAACGCGUCAUGCAAGGUUUGAUUAUCUAAGAGCACUUCACCUUGAUCCAACAUGCCUGUCCGCCCGUGUAAACCUUGGCUAUAAUUUGCAGGUGGAAGGAAAAUAUCAAAAGGCUUGGGACCAGUUUACCGUCGCUUUGAAUGUCGACAGAGGUUCACAAGCAGCUCUUGAAAGUCGAGCGAUAGUCAACUUACAAAUGUCAAACACCUUCGCUGCUUUUGUCGACAUAAAUGACUGUCUACAAAUUUCCAAAACUGCUGAACUUCUGACAAAUCGUGGCGUUAUACAACAGUUUAUGGGCGACACUGUGAAUGCCAUGAAUGACUAUCAAGCUGCUCUACGUCUGGAACCCGAGUAUUCCCUAGCAUACUACAACGCGGCGAAUCUUUAUUUUAAACAAAGGCAGUUUAAGCAGGCGUUGACUUAUUAUGAAAAAGCUUGUUCUUGGAACCCGAAAGAUGAAAGCGCAGUGCUAAAUAACGCAAUCACUAAAGUCUUGUUGAAGCAGUUUGAUUCGGCUUUGAAAGAUUUUCAGAAAGCAAUUGAGUUAAGCCCGUAUUCAGCGCACAUUUAUCUCAAUCGCGGUAAUCUGUACGCUUCACUUGGACAAUUUGAGAAUGCAGAACAAGAUUACAGCCAUGCGUUGCAGUUAAAGCCGGGCGACGCAUUGACUUACAAAAGUCGCGCCGAUGUCCGAGGGAAAUUGUCGAAACGAUCCGAAGCGAUAGAGGAUUAUAAAAUGGCGAUCGUAUUACAGGCGAGAGAAAAUCAAAAUGAUCGAAAGUAGGUGAAAACAGACAUGUACAUGUAACAGCGAUUCUAGCCUCGUUGUUGUUAUUUGCUUCAACAUCUAAUGUUUUAAAUGAUUGUUCUAAUUUUUUAUGUUCUUACUUUAAAAGCAUUAAUUUUCUGUGAAUAUGUACUGUAUUGUGGUAACACGCAUGCUCGAUAGCGCUGCUAUAGGAAGCCUGGGUCGAGUAGCAGCAAAAGAUAUCUUCCCCGAAAAUCCCGUGAAAUAACUCUAUAUUUUCAAAUAAACUUUCUUAUUCGGUUAGUUGGUUCAUCGAAAGGUGAGGGGAAAAAUAAUAUUUGCGGAAAAAAUUGUUAUGGAUAACUAUAAAUAUAAUUGGAGGAUGCGGGCAUCGAUCCCGCUACCUCGCGCAUGCUAAGCGCGCGCUCUACCAUUUGAGCUAAUCCCCCUGACAGAAAUAUCUACGAAAAGUAUGCAAAUUAUCAUAGCAGCAGUCGUUCAGUGAAAUAUUCAUAAAAUAUCUCAAAUACUUUUGAAUUAAUUCGAGCUUACAAAGCAAAUUUCUAAGGAGAUAAAUUUCCGUAAACAAAGCAAACGAACGACACACAAAGUUUGUGGAUGUAUUUUUCAAUGGGAACAUAUUCAUUGCUACUGGCAUUUAUUUUAAGUCAUGGAUGUCUCGUCAUCCAUAGUGUUUCAGCUCAGAAUAAAAGAACGUUGACAACGUCAUGUAGUACAAAAGACGAUUGUAAAACUCCUCUGGCACCAAUAUGUUGUGGAAAGACAGGUUUUAAGCAUUGUACAAAUGCCUCAGGAUGUGUUGGUAUUUCUUGUGAUUCCUCUUUCGAAUGCGACGAAGGUAGAAUGUGGUGCUGCUCAAACAAAUGCAAAAAUUCGUAUUGUAUUAUGCCCAUUUGGGCUAUAGUUUUGGUUGCUAUGGCUGUGGCCGUCAUUGUCACAAUACUUUUGAUCUACGUUAUACUUGAAUGCUGUCGAAGAUGGCCUAAUGUUAGAAGAGCACUUUGUUGAAAAUAUCGCUUCAAAUGUAUUUCGUGAAUUACAAAUCAACUUAGACGAAGCGUUCUUCUUCGACUUUUACUUCCGGUCAGUCGAACUCGAUUUCCGGUCAGAAGAAUACAAGGACAAGCAAGUAAUUAGACAAAAUAACCAACAUGUUUUGAUGUUUUAAUAUUAAUCUAGUACAUCAAUAAAACAUUGGAUUUCUUAGACAAGCGAUUAUAUAAAUAAUUCACCAUUGAUUCUUCCAUGGUACCUGUUGGCUAAACCAACAAAGAUGGCACAUGUUAAAUCCAUAGGAAGUCCAUAAUCCACCAACAUAACACGUCAUUGUUCUGUUCUCUUGGGCAGACCAUGCUUAGCAAGAUAGUUCCUGACGUAAUGAAUAAAAUUAUUUUAAAUGCGUUAAAA